GUUGUAACGGUUACCUAUUGGAAGGACGAACGCAAAAUGGAUAUAUAUGUUGUGUACGGCGAAAAGAUUUCAUAUCGAUCGAAAACUCGAAUGUUUCGUGUAUGGCUAUUUUAAGUGGAGCCACCCAAACAAUAUAAGAAAUUGUCUCAAUCGGAUGGCUGUCUAUAUAACCUCCCAAUGCCGACAAAGCCUGAUCCUGAGGAUUGUGUUGGAUAUUUUGCACUCUACGAUAAUGAAUAUGUACAACAGUAUUGUCCACCAGGUGCAAAGUACAGCGACGCUUUGAGUUGCUGUAUAAUAGGGCGUUGUCCCCCUUGCAAUUGUCAAGCAACAACCACAAUCUCGUCAGACUCUACAACUUCUGGACAUGAUUGUAGUAGUAUCGAAACAACUUCUGGUACUACCAGCAAUACAAUAAGCGACUUCACAAAUGAUUACACUGAUGAAACAACAAGUUCCUCUUUUGAAGAUAGCAGUACUGAAUUGCCUCAAUCGUCUACGACAAGUUCGAGUCCAACGGAUUAUUCCACUGAUAGUGAAGACACAACUGAAACAACACUUAUUGCAACUGCUUCAGAUUUCACAAUAGAGGUCUCCAGUGAAACACCAACCAGCCAGGAAACUUCGACAAUGACAAGUACGACCAAUGGCUAUCCUGAAACAUCUCCAACUGUUACCACUGAUUCCACGACAAAUAGUAACAACACUACAACAUCAGCUACACCUCCCGGAGGGGAAUCAACUGCUGAAGGUACCACAACUGAUUCAGCUGUGACUAACUCAACGGAAGGUACUACGGGCUUUACAACGAAAAUUACAUCCUCAACUCCUACCAUAACUGAUUCUACUCCCGCUGUCUCCUCCUCUACAUAUGAAACAACAACAACUGGCACAACGCCACCAUCAUGCGCAAACUUAAACACAGGAACGUUCCUUCCUGAUCCAGUUGACUGCAACCGUUAUUAUGUAUGCAGUUAUGGAGAAGCUAUACUGAUGCAUUGCCCGCCGACACUUUGGUUUGAUGUAAAGCUAGACGUUUGUAACUAUCCUGAAAAAGUAACAUGUGAUGCGAGUGGUCGUCCUGAACCAUCUCCAAAUGUUACAACGACAACUACAGUCAUAACUCCUACCAUUACGGAUUCAACUUCAGCUGUGACUAACUCAACGGAAGGUACUACGGGUCUUACAACGAAAACUACAUCCUCAACGCCUGCCAUAACUGAUUCAACUUCAGCUGUGACUAACUCAACGCAAGGUACUACGCGGCUUACAACGAAAACUACAUCCUCAACGCCUACCAUAACUAAUUCCACUCCCGCUGUGUCCUCCUUUACAUAUGAAACAACAACAACUGGCACAACGCCACCAUCAUGCGCAAACUUAAAAACAGGAACGUUCCUUCCUGAUCCAGUUGACUGCAAUCGUUAUUAUGUAUGCAGUCAUGGACAAGCUAUACUGAUGCAUUGCCCGCCGACACUUUGGUUUGAUGUAAAGCUAGACGUUUGUAACUAUCCAGAAAAAGUAACAUGCGAUGCGAGUGGUCGUUCUGAAACAUCUCCAAAUGUUACAACGACAACUACAGUCAUAACUCCUACCAUAACUGAUUCAACUUCAGCUGUGACUAACUCAACGGAAGGUACUACGGGCUUUACAACGAAAACUACAUCCUCAACGACUACCAUAACUGAUUCAACUUCAGCUGUGACUAACUCAACGGAAGGUACUACGGGUCUUACAACGAAAAUUACAUCCUCAACGCCUACCAUAACUGAUUCUACUCCCGCUGUCUCCUCCUCUACAUAUGAAACAACAACAACUGGCACAACGCCACCAUCAUGCGCAAACUUAAAAACAGGAACGUUCCUUCCUGAUCCAGUUGACUGCAACCGUUAUUAUGUAUGCAGUUAUGGACAAGCUAUACUGAUGCAUUGCCCGCCGACACUUUGGUUUGAUGUAAAGCUAGACGUUUGUAACUAUCCAGAAAAAGUAACAUGCGAUGCGAGUGGUCGUCCUGAAACAUCUCCAAAUGUUACAACGACAACUACAGUCAUAACUCCUACCAUAACUGAUUCAACUUCAGCUGUGACUAACUCAACGGAAGGUACUACGGGUCUUACAACGAAAACUACAUUCUCAACGACUACCAUAACUGAUUCUACUUCAGUUGUGACUACCUCAACGAACGGUACUACGGGUCUUACAACGAAAGCUACAUCCUCAACGCCUACCAUAACUGAUUCCACCCCGGCCAUAUUUUCCUCUACAUUUAAAACAACAACAACUGGUACAGUAUCACCGUCAUGCGCAAACUUGAAAACAGGUACGUUCCUUCCUGAUCCAGUUAACUGCAACCGUUAUUAUGUAUGCAGUUAUGGACAAGCUAUACUAAUGCGUUGCCCGCCGACACUUUGGUUUGAUGUAAAGCUAGACGUUUGUAACUAUCCAGAAAAUGUAACAUGUGAUGCGAAUCAGGGCUGAUGCUGACUUUUGUGAGCAUAUGUCAAUAUUACAUACAUAUGUACAUAUAUAUUAUUUUUUCCUAAUUGAAGUCAAUUAAUUAAUAAAUGAUGUUAAGUGUUAAGAAAUAUAAUUACUGAGUAAAAUUAUUAUUUUCUGAACUCAUUAACCUCGACAAGAUGUUAUUGGUAAAAAUUAUGUGCGAAUGUGCAAAACUAAAUGCUUCAAUUCUUGAAUAACUUAUAUUUAAGUAUGUAUGUCUUAUGUAUUCGAGUAUGCACAUAUGUAGACACAGUUUCUGCUGUGGCUAUGAACUCUACUCAAGAGUCUUUUUUGUCAAAUAUGGACGUCCAGAAAUUAUUCUGAAGAGGGAGUCUAAUAUGAUAUAUAACAUAAAAAUGAACUAGCAUAUUCAAAUGUAUAUAAUAAAUAUAAUAUUUCUAAGUACAAAUGUAAAUAAAAAAUGAAAGAUUUACUCGAGGGACGGAUUUUUGUUUGUACAACUCCAUUCAAAGUUUCAUUUGGCCAAUUUUGUUCGCUCCCGAGCAGAAGAACUAAUUUCACCAAACUGUUAGUAAUAUAUGGUAAGUAAUGAUGAACAGUUGAUAAAGAGAAGAAAAUUGAUUUUAUUAAAAGGUAUUGAUUGUACAUAAUAUACAUAUGUUGAAAACUUCCGUUAUGAUCGACCUUAAAACGUACAAAUGUAUGUAAUAAAGUUAAUGUUCACUCAGACUCUGCAUUCAGUUAAUAGAAGUUCGUGAAGUUGAAAAGAAUUGUGUUGAGAUAAAAUAGAUAGUGCUUAAUAAAAAUAAAAGGAAUACAGAUAUUAAUAAUUAGAAUAAA